GCUGCCCUGCCCCUCUUUAACACAGGUGAGUGUAGAUGAUGCCACAGAGGCUCGUUCCAGCCUGGGGUGUCCUCCCUCCCUUUCCAGAAAGGUCUUCUCCGCUCCCCUGGAAUCAAGGUCCCUGAUGUGCUGGGGAUGUCACCUGCCUCCUUGCACUUUCUGUGGCAGACCCUGGACUACCUGGCACCACUUCCUUUCCGGCCUGCCUUUCCCAGCGCCAGCUCCCAGGCCCGGCAUUUUGGACCUCGACUACCCUCGCCAGACCCAUCGCUCCUCUGCAGCCCGUUGACCUCGUGGCCCCUUAGGCUCAGGUACUGGUUCAGGGUGCCCGGCAUGCCAGGGUCCAGGACAGGCUGAGCUCUUCUCCAGAAGUCUCAGGAGGUAGUGGCUGAGGAGGCGUGGCUGUCACGCUACCAGCUGCCACAGGAAAGUACUUAGAGAAACUCACUAAGAGAAGGGUGAGGUAGAGUCCAAUCCCUUCCCCUCACAGCUGAGGAAAUGGAGGCCCAGGACUGUCUGAGGUCAGCUGGCAUGACAGAACUGAGACUAGGACUCAGGAGUCCUGACGGCCAGCCCACAUGGUUUCUAUCGUGUCAGGAUUUCCUGCAGCCAAGUUGCGGGGGAAACCAUAUGCUGGAGAGGAGGUGAGCCCUGCUGAGCCAGGAUAGUGCUGCUUCAUGUGGCUGACGCUGGGCAGGGCCGGGUCAGAGCAGGUAGAGUCCCUUAGGUGUCCGGCUAAGGUUCCCAGAGGCUAAGUGAAUGGGGUGCGGGUGGGGGCUGAGAGCCGACUCCCACCCGGCCCAAGUUUCUUUCUAAGUCUCCCCAGUCAUCUGACCCAGCUCCACCCUGAGCACCAGCGGAUCUUGAAGCAACAGCAGCAGCAUGGUCGACCACCAAGGUAAAGCCUAGAGGAGGAGCAGGCUUGAGGGGAGCCCCCUGCAUGCUGGGUUUUCCCUUGUGACAGGGCACCUCCCCCAAAGGCCACCUCCCCCUCCACCCCCCGCCCUGUGAAGCCUCUCACACUGUGGCCCACCUGUGCACUCUGCUGUCCUCCCGUGACAUCCUGCUCAGCGCUCUCCACUCCUUGGGGAGUUCUCUGGGGCAGGGGUGGGUAGGUCUAAAGGGCCACUCCUCCUGGCUUGAAGUCCCCCAGCCAAGAAGACUUGGUCUCAGCAGCCAGACCCCUAUGCUAACCUCAUGACCCGAAAAGAGAAGGACUGGGUGGUAAAAGUGCAGAUGGUUCAGCUGCAGAGUGAGAACCCUCGCCUGGAUGACUAUUACUACCAGGAAUAUUAUCAGAAACUAGAGAAGAAGCAGGCAGAUGAAGAGCUGCUUGGGCGAAGGAGCAGGUUUGAGUCCUUCAAGCUUGUCACGCCUUACAUUCAGAAGGCGGAGGCUUAUGAGUCAGUGGUUCGAAUCGAGGGUUCCCUGGGCCAGGUAGCCGUAUCAACGUGUUUUAGCCCUCGCCGAGCUAUUGAUGCUGUGCCCCAUGGAACUCAGGAGCAGGAGACAGGAGCUGCGAGCAGCCAGAGGCUUCAGGUGUUGUACCGGAUUGAGAAGAUGUUUCUUCAGUUACUAGAGAUAGAGGAGGGCCAGAAGGAUGGGCCUGCACAGCCCUGUGACUCUGAGCAGCAGAGCAACCAGGUUGAGAGGCUCUUCAAGGCCUUAAAGACCCAGGAGCAGAAUAAUCUGGAGGAGGCAGCAGAUGGCUUCCUGCAGGUGCUCUCCGUGAGGAAGGGAAAAGCCCUAGUGGCCCGGCUGCUCCCCUUUCUGCCCCAAGAUCAAGCUGUCAGCCUUCUUCUGGCCAUCACCCGCCAUCUGCCCCUCCUGGUCAAGAGGGAUGUGGCUGAUCAGGCCCUGCAAAUGUUAUUCAAGCCUCUGGGCAAAAGUAUCAGUCACUUGACCUUCCAUGAACUCCUCCAAGGACUUCAGGGACUCAUGCUGCCACCAGCUGGCUCCUCAGAGCGGCAGGUCACUGUGGUGCUUCAGAAUCAGUUUGGAAUAUCUUUGCUCUAUGCCCUGCUGAGUCAUGGGGAGCAGCUGGUAUCCCUGGAUUCUUCCCUAGAAGAAACCAACAGUGACCAUACAGCUUGGACAGACAUGGUAGUUCUCACUGCCUGGGAGAUAGCUCAAAUGCCCACAGCCUCUCUGGCAGAACCCUUGGCUCUCCCCAGCAACCUUCUUCCCCUGUUCUGUCAUCACGUGGACAAACAAUUGGUACAGCAGCUAGAGGCCAGGAUGGAGUUUGUAUGGGAGGAUUCUCAUAACAAUGGGACACCAACAGACAAGCCCAGACUGCUUGCUCUUAGUGAAAAUAGUGAACUGCUCAUCUGUGAAUUUAAUUUGAGAGAUGGAAGGUGUGAUGCAACCAUUUCAUAUAGCUGUAGUGAGGAGACAUUGCAAAAGCUCGUUGAAGAUCAAAAUAUCAGUAUUUCCUUAUUAUCUUUGAGAAUUCUGUCAUUUCACAAUAACACAUCGUUAUUGUUCAUCAAUAAAUAUAUCGUCCUACACAUUAUAUUUCCUGAAAGAGAUGCUGAAAUUAGGGUACUCAACUGUUUCACAUUACCCUUGCCUGCACAGGCAGUGGACAGGAUUAUUGACACACAGCUCUGCAGAGGAAUUCUUUUUGUUUUGAGUAGUUUAGGCUGGAUCUACAUUUUUGACAUUGUGGAUGGUAGACAUGCAGCCCAUGUGGAUUUAGCACUUCCUCUAGAAGAUAUGUGUAAUGAGCAGCAAGGAGAGCCAGCCAAGAGUUCUUCCUUUACUUCACUGAAAGUGUCUCAAGACCUAGAUGUAGUAGUGAUUGUCAGCUCCUCCAACACUGCAGUUGCUCUUAACUUAAAUUUGUAUUUCAGGCAAUACCCAGGACACCUACUGUGUGAAAGAACUCUAGAAGACAUUCCCAUUGAGGGCCCUAAGGGGAUAGAUGAAGACGAUCCUGUUAAUUCUGACUACAACAUGAAACUGACCAAGUUUUCCUUCCAAGUUGAUCGGUCUUGGAAAGCCCAGCUGUCCUCAUUGAAUGAAACAAUAAAGAACUCCAAUCUGGAAGGUACCUGUUGUGCUCCGUGGUUCCAGGAUAUUUUGCAUUUGGAGUCCCCUGAAUCUGGUAACCACAGUACCAGUGUGCCAAACUGGGCCUUCAUUCCACAGGAUGUAAUGUGCAGCCAGUAUAAUUUUCCACAGAAAGGUCCUGCCAAGACCAGUGAUUCAGGAAGAUCAUGGAAAAGAAUGCUCAUCAGUGAACAGGAGGAACCCCUUGAACUUACAUGUGUGUCUGUGACAGGCUUCACUGUGCUGUUUACUUGGACAGUGGAACAGAUGGGCUGUACCAUUGUCCUAUGGGAUUUGGAGACCCAGAGCAUGCAGUGUUUUUCCCUGGGCAAAAAAUGUAUUCCUGUAGACAGUGGUGGAGACCAGCAAGUGUGCCUUGUUUUGACAGAAAAUGGACUCUCUCUGAUUUUGUUUGGUUUAACCCAGGAGGAAUUUUUAAAUAGACUAAUGAUCCAUGGAAACGCCAGCACUGUGGACUCUCUUUGCCAUCUCAAUGGCUGGGGGAGGUGCUCCAUCCCUGUACAUGCGCUGGAGGCAGGAAUAGAAAAUCGUCAGCUGGACACAGUAGAUUUCUUUUUGAAGAGCAAGGAAAAUCUUUUGAAUCCGUCCUCAAAAUCUUCUGUACCUGAUCAGUUUGAUCACUUUCCAUCCCAUUUAUAUUUAAAACAUGUGGAAGAGCUGACACCAGCAUUGGAUUUACUUUGCUCAGCAAUUAGAGAAAAUGAUUCUGAAACCCAAAGCAAACACUUUUCGGAACAAUUGCUUAAUCUUACACUGUCUUUCCUUAACAAACAAAUAAAGGAGCUUUUUAUUCACAAUGAAGAGCUAGAUGAACAUCUACAGAAAGGAGUGAACAUUUUGACCAGCUACAUUAAUGAACUUCGAACCUUCAUGAUAAAGUUUCCUUGGAAGCUAACAGAUGCUAUAGAUGAAUAUGAUGUAAAUGAAAAUGCCCCCAAAGUAAAGGAGAGCAAUAUAUGGGAGAAACUCAGCGUUGAGGAAGUUAUUGCCAAUGCCAUUUUAAACAACAAAAUACCAGAGGCACAAACUUUCUUCAGGAUUAACAGUCAUUCUGCUCAAAGACUGGAGGAGUUGAUUAGAAUAGGCCUAGAGUUGGUCUUUGACAAUUUGAAAAAGAAUAAUAUAAAGGAAGCCUCUGAGCUUUUGAAGAAUAUGGGCUUUAAUGUAAAAGACCAGUUGCUCAAGAUAUGCUUCUAUACAACUGAUAAAAAUAUACGGGACUUUUUGGUUGAAAUUUUAAAAGAAAAAAAUUAUUUUUCUGAAAAAGAGAAAAGAACUAUAGACUUCGUGCAUCAAGUUGAGAAGUUUUAUUCAAGACAUUUCCAAGAAAAUAUGCAGAUCCAAUCUUUUCCCAGGUAUUCGAUAAAGGAAAAAGAUUUUUUCAAGCACAAGUCUAUUUUGGAUUCAUUCCUGAAAUAUGAUCAUAAAGAUAUAGAUAAACUUAAACAAGAUCAUAGAAUUGUGUUAAAUUGGGCUCAGUGGUGGAAUCAACUAACACAAGAAUCCAUCCUUCUCCCCAGGAUAAGUCCAGAAGAAUACAAAUCAUAUUCUCCUGAAGCCCUCUGGAGAUACCUCACAGCUCGCCAUGAUUGGUUCAGCAUUAUCUUGUGGAUUGGAGAAUUUCAGACCCAGAAUAAUUAUGCUUCACUUCAGCAGAACAAAUGGCCGCCUCUGACUGUUGAUGUUGUUGAUCAGAAUACUUGCUGCAACAACUACAUGAGGAAUGAAAUUUUAGAUAAGCUGGCCAGGAAUGGAAUUUUUCUUACAUCUGAACUAGAAGACUUUGAACUCUUUCUCAUAAGACUGAACCAUAUUGGGGGUGUGAUGCAAGAUACCCUCCCUGUUCAAAACUAUAGGUCCAAAGAAGGUUGGGAUUUCCAUUCUCACUUCAUUCUCUAUUGUUUGGAACACGGUCUGCAGUAUCUUCUUUAUGUCUAUCUCGACUAUUACAAACUUAGUCCUCCAAAUUGUCCCUUUUUGGAAAAAAAAGAAUUACAUGAAGCUCACCCUUGGUUUGAAUUUUUAGCUCAGUGUCGACAAGUUUCCAGUAAUUUAACAGAUCCCAAACUGAUCUUCCAGGCUAGCCUUGCAAAUGCUCAGAUACUGAUUGCCAGCAACCAGGCCAGUGUAAGCAGUAUGCUGUUGGAAGGACACACCCUCCUGGCCCUUGCUACCACAAUGUAUGCCCCUGGGGGUGUCAGCCAGGUUGUUCAGAAUGAAGAAAAUGAGAACUGUUUGAAGAAAGUAGAUCCCCAGCUACUGAAGAUGGCAUUAACUCCUUACCCGAAGCUUAAAACUGCUCUCUUCCCACAGUACACUGCCCCUAGCAUCCUGCCACCCGAUAUUACACUCUACCACCUGAUUCAGUCAUUAUUGCCCUUUGAUCCUAGCAGAUUGUUUGGCUGGCAGUCUGCCAACACACUGGCUAUAGGAGAUGCAGCAAGUCAGCUCCCACAUUUCUCUAGCCCUGACCUGGUUAACAAAUAUGCUAUAGUUGAACGUCUGAAUUUUGCUUAUUAUUUACAUCAUGGACGACCAUCAUUUGCAUUUGGUACUUUUCUGGUUCAGGAAUUAACCAAGAGCAAGACCCCCAAGCAGUUGAUCCAGCAAGUAGGCAAUGAAGCCUAUGUUUUAGGGCUCUCCUGCUUCCACAUACCUUCAAUAGGAGCUUCCUGUGUUUGUUUCUUAGAAUUGCUUGGCCUCGACAGCCUCAAGCUCAGAGUUGAUAUGAAAGUGGCCAAUAUAAUUUUGAGCUACAAGUGUAGAAAUGAAGAUGCUCAGUACAACUUUAUCAGAGAGUCUCUAGCUGAAAAACUAUCUAAACUGGCUAUAGGUGAAAAGGCAACCACAGAAGAAUUGCUUGUUCUCUUAGAAGAAGGUAUAUGGAACAGCCUUCAGGAGCAGGAAAUAAAGAGGUUAUCCAGUGAAUCCAGCAGCCAGUGGGCAUUAGUGGUACAGUUCUGCAGGCUCCACAAUAUGAAACUGAGCACAUCUUACCUGAGGGAAUGUGCCAAAGCAAAUGAUUGGUUACAGUUUAUUAUUCACAGCCAGCUCCAUAAUUACCACCCAGAGGAGGUGAAAUCUCUUCUCCAGUAUUUCAACCCUGUUCUUCAAGACCACUUAAGACUGGCUUUUGAGAACUUGCCCUCAGUGUCCAACUCCAGAAUGGACAAUGACCAAGUCUGCAACAAGUCCCCACAGGAACUCCAGAGAAACAAAGAAGAGAUGACUGAUUUCUUUGAAAUUCUGCUUCAGUGCUCAGAGGUGCCAAACGCUUGGUGCUGGCUCCUGGCAGAAGCAGUGAAACAACAGGCCCCAAUCCUUAGUGUCCUGGCCUCAUGUCUCCAGGAUGCCAGUGCUAUUCCUUGUCUCUGUGUUUGGAUCAUCACUUCUGUGGAGCACAGUGUUGCAGCUGAAGCAAUGGGACACAUUCAGGACUCAGUGGAGGGCCAUACCUGGGACCUUGAGGACCUCUCAGUCAUCUGGAGGACAUUAUUAACAAGGCGGAAGAGCAAAACUCUCAUCAGAGGUUUCCAGCUUUUCUUUAAGGAUUCCCCACUACUAUUGAUGAUGGAGAUGUAUGAACUGUGUAUGUUCUUCAAGAAUUAUAAGGAAGCCGAAGCUAAACUUCUGGAGUUCCAGAAGAGCCUUGAAACUCUUGAAACAGCAGCCACAAGGGUCCAUGCUAUCAUUCCUGCCCCAUGGCUGAAGGAGCAUGUGUGUUUUCUUUUGAAGCUUAUGCUGCAGCAGUGUAGGACCCAGUAUGAGCUGGGGAAGCUUUUACAGCUGUUUGUUGGAAUAGAGCAUCUCUUCUCUGAUGGUCCAGAUGUGAAGAAGCUGUGUGUCCUUAGCCAAAUUUUGAAGGAUACGUCCAUAACCAUUAAUCGUGUAAUUAUUACCAGCUACAGCCUUGAGAAUUUUCAGCAUGAAUGUAGAUCAAUUUUGGAAAAACUGGAGACAGAUGGACUCUUUGCUUUGGCCAGGAGGGUAGCAGAACUAGCUGAGCUACCUGUCGACAACUUGGUUAUUGAAGAGAUAACACAGGAAAUGCAGACCUUAAAACACAUUGACCAGUGGUCCCUGAAACAAGCAAGAAUUGACUUCUGGAAAAAAUGUCAUGAGAAUUUUAAGAAAAAUUCCAUUUCAAGCAAAGCAGCUUCCUCCUUUUUCUCAGCCCAGGCUCUUACAGCAUGUGAGUGCCCAACUGAAGAGGGACCGAGCAGCACUGAGGAGCGCCAUCUGCUGCUCACUCUGGCAGGACACUGGCUUGCCCAGGAGAACCUGGUACCUUUGGAGGAGCUGGAGGAGCUAGAGAAGCAGAUCUGGCUCUGCCGCAUCACCCAGCACACCCUCAGGGGAAACCAGGAGGAAAUAGAGCCCAGAUGUUCUCAACAGAUCUCAACUAGUGGUGAACUUUCCUUUGAUAGCUUAGCCAGUGAGUUUUCAUUCUCUAAGUUGGCUGCUCUGAACACAUCAAAAUACUUAGAACUUAACGGCCUUCCAUCCAAAGACACUUGUGAAAACAAACUGAAUUGGAAGGAGCAGGAAUCCCUAAACUUUUUGAUUGGGCACCUAUUGGAUGAUGGCUGUGUGCAUGAAGCAAGUAGAGUAUGCAGGUAUUUUCAUUUCUAUAACCAAGAUGUUGCUUUGGUGUUGCACUGCAGAGCACUGGCUUCGGGAGAAGCUAGUGUGGAUGACCUGCACCCAGAGAUCCAUGCUCUCUUACAAAGUGCUGAGCUGCUUGAGGAAGAAGAAGAACCUGGCAUUCCUCUAAGGAAAGUCCAAAGCACUUCAAGUUUGGAUAGUCAGUCAUUUGUGAUGCUGCCCCCCAGUGAUGAAGUGGUGACGAAUCUGGAAAAUCUGACAAGCAAAUGCCUCCAUGGGAAGAAUUAUUGCCGGCAGGUCCUCUGUCUCUAUGAACUUGCCAAGGAGUUGGGCUGUUCCUACACAGAUGUCGCUGCCCAGGAUGGUGAAGCCAUGCUCCGGGCAAUCUUGGCUUCUCAGCAGCCUGACCGAUGCAAGCGAGCUCACGCCUUCAUCAGCACCCAGGGCCUUGAGCCAGACACAGUGGCUGAACUUGUGGCUGAAGAGGUGACCCGGGAGCUGCUGACCCCAUCAGAGGGAACAGGACAUAAGCAGAUGUUCACCCCAACAGAGGAAAGCCAGACGUUUCUUCAGCUGACCACCCUCUGUCAAGACUGCACCUUGGUAGGCAUGAAGUUGUUGGAUAAGAUUUCCUCCGUUCCCCAUGGGGAAUUGUCUUGCACCACAGAGCUGCUGAUCCUGGCCCAUCACUGCUUCACACUGACAUGCCACAUGGAGGGCAUCAUCCGAGUCCUGCAGGCUGCCCGGCUGCUCACAGACAACCACUUGGCCCCCAAUGAGGAGUACGGACUGGUGGUGCGUCUCCUCACUGGCAUUGGAAGGUACAAUGAAAUGACAUACAUAUUUGAUUUGCUGCAUAAAAAACACUACUUUGAAGUGCUGAUGAGGAAGAAGUUGGACCCGAGUGGUACCCUGAAGACAGCCCUACUGGACUACAUCAAACGCUGCCGCCCUGGGGACAGUGAGAAGCACAACAUGAUUGCCCUGUGUUUCAGCAUGUGCAGGGAGAUCGGGGAGAACCAUGAGGCAGCCGCCUGCAUCCAACUGAAAUUGAUUGAAUCUCAGCCCUGGGAGGACAGCCUCAAGGAUGGGCUCCAACUGAAGCAGCUGCUGCUGAAGGCCCUGACUCUGAUGCUGGAUGCAGCAGAGAGUUAUGCCAAGGACUCCUGCGUGCGACAGGCCCUGCACUGUCACCGGCUCACCAAGUUGAUAACACUGCAGAUUCACUUUCUGAAUACCGGCCAGAACACGAUGCUCAUCAACCUGGGCCGCCACAGGCUGAUGGACUGUAUCAUGGCUCUACCUCGGUUUUACCAGGCUUCUAUUGUGGCUGAGGCCUAUGACUUUGUUCCUGAUUGGGCUGAAAUUCUAUACCAACAAGUGAUUCUUAAAGGAGAUUUUAAUUACUUGGAAGAAUUUAAGCAGCAAAGGUUAUUAAGAUCCAGUAUAUUUGAAGAGAUUUCAAUGAAAUGUAAACAUCAUCAGCCUACGGACUUGGUUGUGAAAAACCUGAAGAAGUUACUCACGUACUGUGAAGAUGUCUACUUGUAUUACAAGCUGGCAUAUGAACACAAAUUUUAUGACGUUGUAAAUGUGCUUCUGAAGGACCCUCAGACAGGUUGCUGCCUAAAGGACAUGCUAGCAGGUUAGAUGGAUUCAGAUGACAUGAGAAUGGUUACUACCAAGAAUUCAUAAGUGCCUGUUUUCUUACACUGAAAUGAGGCACUGACAGAUGUUGGUGAUCAGACACUAAAAUAAUGCACUGGGGAUCUUUGAUGUCUGAUUGUAAAACCCCAGGACUGACUAUACCUUUGUGAAUAGUGGGUAAAGAAUGAGAAUUUUCACAAGGAAAUUCCUAUUUGAAAAUGAUUAUUCAUAUAUACCAUUUUAUGUAGCUAUUAAUAUCAAAAGCUCCAUCUUCCUCAGGAUAGCUUCUACUUUAGGAGGUGAUACAAUAUUUAGUAAAGAAUACCUGUGCCUGCAGAUUCCAGUUUCAAAGGAAUUUAAUAUUAUUUACACAGUUAAGGAACAGAUGAUACAUUUCCAUUUGUUAGAAACUGAUCUCUAUAAUAAAAUAGAUUUUAAAUUCA